AUGACAAAGCUUGUGAUAGAAAACGGUGAUGUACUCACCUUAGAUGAAACAGAUGCGCUAAUAAUUGGGGGUACUGUCGUCAUCCGUGAAAAUGUAAUCGAAGCCGUGCACCCGGGGCCUGCGACCGCAGCGGAGAAAGAAGGAGCGGACAUCCUGGACGCAACGGAUCAGCUGGUGAUGCCUGGUCUCGUGGAUCUCCACCUGCACACAGCCGUUGCUAAAGGCUGGAAUGAUCAUAUGCCAUUGAAGGAGUACCUGAUGGAAUGCUGGUACCCAUGCACCCGUCAUCUAAACGACGAUCGUGCAUACUGGGGCGCGAUGGCAUCCUACACAGAGGCAAUCCGUGCAGGCACAACGAUGGUGAAUGAUAUGUUUCGCGAGCUUGGCUCCUUAGCGGCAGCGGCGGAAAGAUUGGGUAUCCGUGCAGUACUGUCGAAUGAUAUUGCGUCUGCGGAGUACAACUUAGACUCGCUAGACGACUGUCGGAAAGCAUACGAGAAAGUUGACGGUACUGCUAAUGGUCGGGUACGCGUCUGGGUAGGAAUUGAAUGGACACCGCUAGCAGAUCGCGAGUUGUUGAUUGGUGCACGUGCUCUCGCGGAUGAACUGGGUACAGGGAUUCAUAUCCACCUCAACGAGUCUGCACAGGAAGUGAAAGAGGUUUCCGCACGUUUUGGUAUCCCGCCCACUGAGCUUGCACAUGAGUGCGGUAUCCUGGGUCCCGAUUGCGUGGCCGCGCACUGUGUGCACUUGAACGACCAUGAGAUAGAGUUGAUGGCAGAGACUGGCACACACUUAUCUCACAACCCGUCAUCAAAUGCCAAGCUGGGAAACGGUAUUGCACGUGUUCCUGAAUGGAGAGCUUCGGGUAUUAACAUUGGCCUCGGACAUGACGCUGCGGAAUGCAACAACAGCCGUGAUAUGUUUGAGGUGAUGAAGUUUGCAUCCCUAAUGCACAGGGCUCAGCGACAGGAUGCUUCAUUGGGACAAGCCGGUGACAUCCUGAAGAUGUGUUGCCGCAAUGGUAACAAGGCACUCGGAGUAAACGGGGGUCAGAUCAAGGCUGGGAUGUGUGCCGAUGUGAUCACACUGGACCUGAUGGAUCCAAUGUUUGUUCCCCUGGAACGGGGGAAUGUGAGGCAGUACUACUCGCAUCUGGUGUUUGCGGUGAACGGAAGUGUUGUGCAAAACUCGAUAAUCGACGGACGCGUGGUGAUGCGAAACCGGCAACUGCAGUUUGCGGACGAGAGAGUGGUGGUGCGGGAGGCAAACCGGGUGUUUGCAGAAAUAGUAGAUGAGUUGGAUAGCCAGAGACAAAUAGAGUAA